AUGACAGGUGGUAUCCGCUUCUCUGUGGUUGAAUGGAAGGAAGAAGGAAGCACAGCCAUUGACUGGGACGAAGAAAGAAACAGAGCCAACAGAGGCUGUGCAGAUCGCAAUGAACGGAAGCGAGUCAAGAAGGAAAGAAAGGGCGCAAUGGAGGCGGAGCGGGAAAGAAUCCGGGGGCAGGUCCGCCGAUUCCUCGGAUACCUCGCAAACCUUGACGCUAAAGUUUUGGGAGAUCAUCUGUCAUUGGACGAGGUGGUGCCGACUCUCCGUCGGUUGAUUGGUGGUGAUCAAGAUGAUCAAGAUCAAGACAUGUUCCGUCAGCGUUUCAUCACCCCUGGCAAUGAUGUUGACCUCGCCGAUUGGGACACCGUGCGGAGGCUGCAAAUUAUAAUGACAACACUCAGUUUGAAUGGUCUCUACGAUGACCCCGUAGCUGCCGCCGCUGAAGGAGAGCUAACGGAUACCACGUUACCUCUGGAAGGUCGCUAA